UGAGUCAAUAACUCCUGAGCUAAACGCUGUUACUACACAAAUAGCACCUCUUUUCUAUCGUAGUAAUGUAGAGAGGCCGCGUUUUGCUAGAAACAGCGUUUAGCUCAGGAGUUAUUGACUCGGGAAAUUCAACUUUACUUUUUUUUGCUUUGUUUUGCUUUGUUUCUGUGGCAGGACGAGUGACUCCGAUUACGUCACGGUGCAGGUGCAGCGUUAGCUUAUUGGCAGCUCCACAGAGCUAUAAAAACAGGAGCAUGCACGGUUACCUGGGAUGUGUCACUUGGUUACUUGCUACGUCACUAACGCGCUUCCGUCACUUCCCGGAACUAGAUGAAAUUGCUUGAGACGAGACGGCGAUUGGUUUGAAGAGCACUUCUGCCUUGACCCUACAAGUCGCGCUGCAAUGUCUGUUUAGUAUCGUCACAUAAAUCGGGCAUAGAUAUCGGAGAAGCUGUGAGAACCUGACGCAGUGCUGGAUCACUGUUUUGUAACGGCGUUUGCUGUGAAAGAUUCCAUUGGCUUUCUAUAAAACGUUGAUGUCUGCGAUUGGUGUCGUAACGGCCCGUAAUUAUUCCAGUCGGCGUGCUCCGCGUUUGUAUGACUGCAGUGCUGUCCUGUUUCCAACCGGGUUUCCAUUCGGGUUUCCAAUCGGGUUUCCAACCGGGUUUCCAGAUCUGUUUUCAAACCUGCUUCCAAGUUUAUCUGUUGUUUAUUUUCUUUUUGUGGCUGUUCCAUAUUUUGUCUUUUUAGUUUUACAAUAUAUUAUUUUUUAAGUAUUUCAUUUGAAAUGUUGAUUUGAUUCUUUGGCUUACUGUUGUUCUUCAGUUGCAUUUGGUUUUGUAUUGCUUCUGGGGUUUGAACAGUUAGUCUGGAUUUCGUGAUUUCUUGUCCAAGUUAUUUUAUUUUAACUGUAUUGGAUUUAGUUUUUAUUUAUAUAAUUUGGUUACAAAGUUUAUUUCCUUUUUUUUCUUUUUUUUAUAUUUUGUAGAAGUUGAUUUAUUGGAGCAACUAUUUACUGGUUGUGAGAAUUUAAUUAUUUACUUUUGUUUUCUUGAGUUGACUCAGUCUUUAAGGUGACUGUGGUUGAUGUAUGUUAUCUUUUUUUGGCAGGGCCUGAGCACUAGGGGUGGAGGACUGGCUUUCUGUGGUGGUACUUCCUCACAAGUGUGUUGUGACUAUCUCACUGUGGGUGUGCGUAAACAGUGAAGUGCAGUGAUUCACCUAUGAGUGUGGCCUUUUGCUCUGUUUUCCUGUACUGGUACACUGUCAAGUAUAAGAAGUUUUGCUGAGAAUUUUUCACCUACUGCUCUUCACGGAUUCCAACCUGCCUAUCCUCAUUCCAAUUCAGACACAAGGAAUCUGUCAUCACAUCAAUCACAUCGUUACAGCUGGCUGCAGAUCAACCCUUGCGGCCAAAAUGCCCUUGUGUGCCCUGCAAGUUUGCGGGGCACCCUGAGGGGCAAGAGGUGCCCAUUGAGUGCAGUGAGUACAACAUCAAACCUUCUGAACCUUUGAUCAUGAACCUGUGCUGGACAGAGAUCAAGCGCAAGUCCCACAAUAUCAGGGUGCGUCUGGAGGCAUUCUCAGACAACAGUGGGAAACUACAGCUAUCACUGCAGGAAAUCAUUGAAUGGCUAACAACUAAAGAUGAGGAGCUAUCGGAGCAGCUGCCUAUAGGGGGUGAUGUGGGGGCUGUGCAGCACCAGCGAGAAUUCCACCAGGCCUUUAUGGAGGAUGUGAAGUCUAGAGGGCCCUUCAUCUACUCAGUGCUGGAGUCAGCUCAGGCCUUCCUAGCUCAGCAUCCCUUUCAGGAGCCUGAUGAGAUGCUGCCAGAUGGUAAAGAGUUGUCUCCAAGGCGCAGGAUGCAGAAUGUGAGCCGCUUAGUUUGGAAGCAAGCAAACGUGGCCAGUGACCUGUGGGAGAAGCUGACAGCACGUUGUGUAGAUCGUCACCGGCACAUGGAGAGAACACUAGAGCGGUUGCUGCAGAUGCAGGCAGCCGUGGAGGAAUUGGCCUGUGCCCUUGAGCAGGCUGAUGGUGUGAGGCAUGCCUGGGAGCCUGUGGGAGAUCUCUUCAUUGAUUCUCUGCAGGACCACAUUGAUGCAACAAAGCUGUUCAAGGAAGAACUGACUCAGGUCAAGGAAGGCAUGAAGCACAUCAAUGAAUUGGCCCACCAGCUAGCCAUUUCUGAUGUGCACUUGUCCAUGGAAAAUGCACAUGCACUUGAGCAACUUAACAGCAGGUGGAAGCUGCUGCAGGGUUCUAUAGAAGAACGCAUGAAGCAGUUGCAGGAUGCUCACAGAGACUUUGGUCCUGGAUCACAGCAUUUCCUGUCUAGCUCAGUGCAGAUACCUUGGGAGCGUGCUAUAUCUCCCAACAAAGUGCCGUACUACAUCAACCACCAGACACAGACAACCUGCUGGGACCACCCAAAAAUGACAGAAUUGUAUCAAGCCCUGGCGGACCUGAACAACAUCAAGUUCUCAGCAUACCGGACGGCCAUGAAGCUACGGCAAGUGCAGAAAGCUCUAAGAUUGGACCUGCUGAAACUGACCAGCAUAGCUGAAGUAUUCAGGGAGCAGGACCUACAACACAGUGAACACAUGAUGGAUGUGGUGGAGGUGAUUCAUGCCCUUACUGCUCUGUAUGAGAGACUGGAGGAGGAGCAGUCAGUACUCAUCAAUAUCCCACUCUGUGUGGACAUGUGCCUCAACUGGUUGCUUAACGUCUAUGACAGUGGUCGGAAUGGAAAGAUGAGGGUACUCUCUGUCAAGAUGGGAAUAGUUAGCCUAUGCAACACAGAUAUCAAGGAGAAAUACAGAUACCUGUUUAGACAGGCAUGUGGGUCAAAUAGCCUGAUGGACCAGAAGCACCUCAGUUUGUUGCUGCAUGAAGCUGUCCAGAUUCCACGGCAGCUUGGUGAGGUGGCAGCCUUUGGUGGAAGUAAUGUGGAGCCCAGUGUUCGUAGCUGCUUCCGCAUGGCCCCGGGAAAGCCAUCAAUUGAAGUAAUUCACUUCUUGGAGUGGGUGAGUCUGGAGCCUCAGUCCAUGGUGUGGCUUCCUGUGCUGCACCGGGUGACCAUGGCUGAAUCUACCAAGCAUCAAGCUAGGUGCUACAUCUGUAAAGAGUGCCCCAUUAAGGGCUUCAGAUACCGCAGUCUGAAACAGUUCAAUGUGGAUAUCUGCCAGACGUGUUUCUUGACUGGGCGAACAACCAAAGGCAAAAAGCUCCACUACCCAAUAAUGGAGUACUAUACCCUGACCACCUCAGGAGAGAGGAUGCGGGAUUUUGCAAAGACGCUAAAGAACAAGUUCCGCUCAAAACAGUACUUCACCAAGCACCCUCAGAGAGGGUACCUGCCUGUGCAAACGGUUCUGGAAGCAGUGAGCGGCGAGAUGUCAUGUUCUUCUCCCAGGCUACCACACGCGGACACACACAGCCGGAUUGAGCACUUUGCCAGCAGGCUGGCAGAAAUGGAAAGCCAGAGCUUCUCUUUCUUCACUGACAGCCUCUCUCCUGAUGAAAGUCUGGAUGAAGAUCAGUACCUCCUGCGUCAUUCCAGUCCUACUCUGGAACAUGACCGUCCACCUGAGCCACACCUCCUCUCCCACCUUGACUGCCAGAAUAAAGAGGAACUGCAGCAAACACUGGCCCGUUUGGAAAGCGAGAACAGGGUACUACAGAGUGAAUAUCAGCGGCUGAAGUGGAAGCAUGAGGAGGCUGCAGCAGCAACACCACAGCUGCUGGAGGGCAUUUCAGCCUUAGGCUUGCCACUUGGACAGCAGGAUGAGGAACUCCUGGCUGAGGCUCGAAUACUGAGGCAACAUAAGAGUCGCCUGGAGACACGCAUGCAGAUAUUGGAGGAUCACAACAAGCAAUUGGAGUCACAGCUCCAUAGACUCCGAGAGCUACUGCUGCAGCCAAAAGAUGAAUCAGAGGUGAAUGGAUCGGCUCCCUCCUCUCUGUCAUCACCUUUGUCAGUGGUGCACCAGGGGGGGCCACUAAGCAAAGAGACCACAGACACUGAGGCUACAGGUGAAUAUUUGGACCCAGAGCAAAACACAGUGCUACAGCUACAGCAGGUGAUCGAGCAGCUGAGGAAUGUUUUCCCAUCUGAACCAGGACAAUAAGAAGGCACACAGAUUCCACAUUUCUCAGUUAAAUCUGGAUUGGGUCCAGAAUAUGCAAAGGUGAAAACGUAAAGGUUGACUCAGGGGAUUUGAAGGACACUUUUUCUGAUCUCUAAGAGAAGCUCACCGGAGAAAGCUAGGACAUUUCUGAGUGAUUCACUAAUGUCUUGUGGUGCCGUAGGCUAAUGCUUGAUCAGUACACUGUGGUAACCCUGUGGCUACUUAUAGAAGCGGCUAGUGUGUAUUUGUCUUGAUGUAGUACAGAACAAUGACCUCACCACACAAUAACACAUAGAGAAGUAAGGCCUAUAUUUCUGUAGCUAGUGCUUUGUCUUUUGUUUUUAAGACAAAGCAAAUUUGUGUUUGCUUUUAUUAAUUGGUUAAUAUUUUUGCUUUUAUUUGUCUCUCUUUCAUACUCACUCUGUUAUUACAUACACCCAUUUCUCUCCCUUCAUCACUCUCUGUCUGUCUGUGUCUGUCAUACAAACAUAUCAGUAAGGGUAUAAACAGCCAUGGCACAGCUCACAUUGGCUUUCUGGGCAAAGGGAAAGGUUAAUCUGUGAGGGUGAUUUUAAUAACUGUUGUGUGUUUUGCUUGAAAAAUGACAUCCCUUGGCUGUGCCCUGCAGAUUAAGGGUGGCAUAGAACAGUGGUUCCCAACCUAGGGUGGCACUAAUAAAGAGUGCUUAUGAAAUCAAAAAUUUAAAGAUCCAUGUCACCAAAGAACAAUGUGGAUGAAAAUUUUUGAGGCAGCUGUGUGGCCCCCAGGUGGUAGAUAAAGAUAAUGCUUCUUAAAAAAAAAAAAACCCUGUCAAAGACACAAUCUGAUUCACCAUUACCCAGGUGGGUAAGACAUCUCUGGUAGGCAUGUCUGUGCUCUUUGUUCAUCUACAAUUAAUGAGAGUGUUUUGAAACAGGCUACUCUGUCAACUAAAAUGAACACCACUAAUAUUUGCUUUGACAUAUUAACAGUGAUCGACACCUACUUUGAAUCCAACAAUCUAUCUAAUGAGAAUAUUGUGGCCUGCUGUGCUGAUGGGGCAAUCUUGAUAAUGAGGAAAAACAAGGGGUUUACUAUCCAUUUGCCAAGUCAAUUGUUAGAACACCACCUGCCACACCCCUUCUGGGCACUGGAGGGAACCCUUGCCAGAAUGUGGAGCACUUCCGGUUCAUGCAGUUCACUUCCGGUUUGAUGGACAUCCUCACAACAUGAAGUAUUGCCAGUGUCUCAUUCUGUGAACCAAGCCUUAUUGAUUUUUACUUUGAUUUUCACCAUGUAUGACCUUGCCAUUUUUCCCCACAUUUCUUGCUCAUUGGAUUGUGAUUUGGAUUAUUUUGCCCUGCUGAUUGCUUAUCUGUUUUUCUUGACUAUUCUGCCUGUUUCGACCCUGCCUUUGCUCUUGUGUAUUGGGCUGUUUGCUAGUAAAUAUGCUUACGGAUUCACCACCUUCAUGUUCUUUAACAAAAUACCUUGCCACCCAUGAAUCCAGCAGAUUUGUCACAGCUUCAGGUGACCACUGCACAUCAGGGGAAACUCUGGCUACAAACGCGAAACAGCUCAUUGUGCUUCAGGCCGCUCACCUGAUGCAGGCCCUACAAUCCGCACGUGACUUCCCUACCCAAUGAUCUGAAUCAGCAAAUAUGGCAGAGGUGAAUAAUGGCUCUGCCAAACGAUGAGACAGCUUCCUAUGCCAGAGGGAUCUGAUUUUCUUCGCGCAAAUCAGAGAGGGUGUUCGAAUGUCCUGUGGGGAAGGGACAUCUUAAAACAACUUCUGAGACUACAUCAGGAGAAAGACAGCACAAUGAAUUAUGCCAUUAAAUCAUGGAUACUGGCAACUCAAAGUCUGUGGAACAAGGUGGCACUAAGUGCAAUCUUCUGGGAGGGUCUCAGAUCCACGUUGCAAUCAGAGAUGACUUGUAAGGAGGACAAACCCUCUCUUAGUAUAUCACCACUGCCAUCCACCUGGACAAUUCACUACACAAACAGCACCCUUACCGUCCUACUCGUCACCUCUCCAGCCAGGAUAGGAAUUGCGGGAGCUCAGCUGGUGACCUGUCAGAAUCCAUGAAACUAAAGAAAGGCCAAAGUGUCCACUGAAUAGCGCCUGCACCAGCAGCAGCUCUGUUACUACUGUAGGCAAUCAGAACAUGUCCUCCAUGCCAACACCCUGAGCCCUCUCCCUAAUACUUCUAGUCUUCUAGUUACAGUUCAGGUACACUAUGCAAAUAUGGUCCAUCAUCUCUUAGCACUGAUUGACUCGGGGACUGUCAUGAACCUCAUUCAACAAUGCCUCGUGGAGGAACUUUUCCUACCCACUGUGCCAUAUGUCCUGCCCCUGAGGAUCAUGGGGGGUAGAUGACCAACGCAUAGGGAGCAGCUACAUCACACACCAAAUUGCUCCAAUUAUACUCCAGGUCUUUCCACUGCAAAGAGAUCAUGUUUUAUGUUAUAUCUUCAGCCACCAAUCACAUCAUUCUUGGAUUUCCUUGGUUAAACACAUGCAUGACACACAAUUUGUCCUGGAGAGAUAAGGAACUCAAAUUUAGUAGUCAUUCUGUCAACAGCACUGUCUAAAGGCAAGACUCAUUCUUUCAUGCUCUGUAGAAACCCCCUAACCACUCUGCCAUCAUCCCCAGGAAAAAUCACAACAUAGCUGAUGGUAUUCAGCAAGGAGAAGGCUAUUCCUGGUUUUAUGUGAUAAACCACCAAGGAGUAGAGAUGGACUCAAACAAGGUUUGUGCAGUCACCGAGUGGCCUACUCCUCCAGCAUAAAGCCCCCUCACAACUCUUACAUGGGAAACGCUGUAGACUAACAUGGAUAGCAAGAAGCAUUCAACUCAAGAAGCAUUCAACUGACAGAGAUUUACCACAGCACCUAUACUCCACCACCCUAACCCUGACCUCCUGUCUGUGGUCUCCCUGUUAAGAAGUCCAGGAUCCAAUUGCAGAGGGAGGUGUUCAGGCCCAGCAGGGUCAGUUUUUCAGGAGCUGAGGAAGGAUUGUCUUGAAUGCUGAACAGCAUUUGUAUGUAUGUGUCCCUUUUGUCCACAUGGGUAAGGGCUAGAUGGAAGGUGAUGGCAAUGGAAUUGUCUGUGGUUUUUGUAAACAGAGCUAUUUAAAUUUAGAUUGAUAUUGUAAAUGUCUCUCUACCAAGUUUGCAAGUUUCAAAAUGAAAAUUAUUGUGGAUUGAAGUGACUCUCUCCAAGCUGCAUGUCAUCCAACAGUUCAUACAGUUUCUAGGAUACAGUCUAUUAAUUAAGACAGCUGUGAAAUUUUCAAUUUAAAUGUGAAUUAAUCAUACAGGUCUUAUAAGCUUGAAAGUUAUUUGAACAUAUAUUUGACUAUUUGCAUUUUGGUUCUUUGCCCAUAUGUUAAAUCAGAGAAAUAUUUACAUUUUAUUUUAAAUUUUGAUAUGUUUAGGUAAAUAAUAGUUUAGCAUGAAAAAGAAGGUGAUUGAUACCAGAUGCUUUUACAUUAUGCAUAAGGACAUUAUAGAUCCCAUUUGUCAUAAGAGCAGUUUAGUUAGGUGGUCAGACUUUGUGAAAGUGAAAGAAACAUCUUUCACUUUCACAAAGUCUGACCACCUAACUAAACUGCUCUACAAGAACAUUAUAAAAAGAGAGACCGAAAUUAAGAGAGAUGGAAGGAACAGACAGACAGAAGAUAGACAGACAGAAGAAGAGAUAUGAUGAUCUCUGAAGUCAUGAUGUUAAGAUGCAGUGCCUAUAUCUUUACCUUUCCUUGGAUAAAAAUCCCUCAUGGUUUUCAGUGUAUGUAUAUAACUUUAAAUCCUAUUCAACCUUGAACAAGCCAGUUCAAAAAAAAAAAAGCAUGAAUUUUUGCAUUUGACAGUAGAUUAUUAUUUGUGUUAAAGUUGCUAGGGAGCUGUCCUAUAAGACCUGCUAUUGCUGGUUACACUCUCAUUCAUUGUAAAGGAGAUGCAUAUAGUGUUGACAAAAGAAAAAGAGGGCAAAUGAGAAGUUAUAAAGUGUGUUGUUAUCCCUGCCCAAACCACUGGUAACUGCUUAGCUGGCAUGGCUUUUAUAUUAAAAUCUGUUGCAUAUGAUUACGUGAUUAUCACAUUAAGAACACUAAAAGAUUAAAAAUGAAAACAUAAACACAACUUCUUGUUUCUUUAUUCAUAAAACAUGAAAUAUUCAGGAAAAACAUGAAUGAAUGUUUAAAAUCCAUAAGUCAUUUCAUACCCUGAAGCAUACUGGCACAAGGACCAUCAUGCACUCACAGAUGGAGAAAAUCCUUAACAUCAUAAUCUUGCUAUGCAUUUACAGCAGAUCUUUCUGUCUAGCAUAUUCAGUAUGGUUUUUGCUUAAGUUCAUAUUUCUUCCAAUUGUACUUAUUUAAUUUGAUUUCAUAUAUGAAACCUCUGGUAUAUUUACUAAUGAACAUGAUUUUUGUUGGAAAAAAUAUCUGCAGGUCUGCAAACAGAUUGUUUUUUUUUUUUUGCCCUGAAAAUAGAUGUUUGCUUAAUUUGACUGUAUCAAUCCAAUGUUGUCUCAUGCAGAUAUGUUAACUUGAUCAAACAUUCCAUUGUUUUUACCCCAAUAUACAUUUAUCACUAUUAAUUUUUGAUUACUUUAUUAUUGCAUAAUAUUCUCUACCCAGUUCCCACUCACAUUAAUUUAUACAAUACUGAAAAGCGUUUAAGAAAUGACUAGCUGCUUUCUACUUAUUGUAUACAGAGAAAUAAAUUUGUAUUUUUAUA